GUCAGACUGAGGAAGAAGAAGAAGACGUUAUCCCUAGUAUAAACAAUCGAAAUUAGUUUAUUGCUUUUGUUAUUAAAAAUUGGAAAUUCGCGAACAUGGACGCAAAUAUUUUGGAUAAAUAUGGAGACGAAGAUAUAUUUGGCGCAGUGCUAAAAUGGGGUCUAUAUUUUGGUGCAUUUUUUCAACUAGCGUGCAUUGUGGUUUCAAUUGUUUGGCCGUACACUUCCCAUCAAGACAAUACCGUGGACUCGUUGGAUGUAAAAAUGAUACAAAGCCUAAUGGAAUCGAUUCGCAACCAAACAAUCGCCGGCUCCAUAAAAUCAGAAAGCAAGAAAAGAAAAAAAGACGUUGAUUUUACAAAAAUAAGGAUCUACCUAUAGUUUAGCAUUGUAAAUUAAUUUAAUUGUAUAAAAAAAAAUAAAAUACAAAAAUACAGCAUCUAUACAAAGUUUCAUCAAAAAAUUA